AUGGGGUUUCUUGGACGAGGGAGGGGGUCAACCCAUGCUGUCAAGCGAGAGGGAGGAAUCCAUGCAUCAUCGCGGAAGUCGAAUAGCGGUGACCACAGUGGAUCGAAGCGAGAUCAACACGGACGAUCGGGACGUAGCAAUAGCCGAGAACGCUCAUCGCACAGUCGAGACCGUCGUAGAAGUCGGGAUCGAUCGCGAUCACCGUUAAGAACACAGUAUUCCAAAGAUAUACCAGCCACUGAAUCUUUACGCAUUACAGUGGGUAAUGACAUCUACAAAGAAAAGUCCAGGAGUCCAUUGUCAGGAAGACUUGGUCCCCCAGUUGACCGUUCCCCAUAUGAUGAGUCUCCAAGUGAUCGUCGGAAAUCAAACUCGGAUAAUUUCAAUAGGUUUGAUAAUUAUGACCAAGAGGCCAAAUACUAUGACCAGGGAAACCGAAGACGCGACUAUGAUCAAGUAAUGGGAAGAAGUGGAGGGUAUGAUUCUAAUAGACAAAGAAGUAGAGAAUACUCAAGUGACCGAUAUGACGAACGGAACAAGGAUUUUAACAGAGAAACACGAGGCAGAAUUGACAAAUACAGUGGAGAUGACAGGUACAAAGAUGACAUGGAUCGUAGGAGAGGAAGUAGUAUUGACAGAAGAGAUAACAACAGAGCACCAAAACCUUUAAAAUCAAUUUUGAAAAAGAAGGGACCAGCAGAAGAAACCUUACCAGGUCUGGUCACAAAUCCAGUAUCAAGAGAAGAGAAGAAUUUGUUUCCUAUCAUGCGACCUGCAGAUAUUAAUCAAGAUAUAGAUUCAAGGACCCAACAGAGCACUGAAAAUACCACUCGAGGUCCUCCUUUUGACAAUCACCAAUCAAGAUCUGAGGGUAGAGGAAACUCUAGGUCUGGAUUACCAGGGAUGUCAUCUUACAUGGAUAUUGAGGAUGAGGAGAAAUUCUUGUAUGGUGAUGAUGACCAUGACUUAGAGAAAGGUAAUUCAAACAACAAGCCUGGCUCAAGACCCUCAAUAGAGUCCAAAUCUAGAUCAGAAGAUGCUUUUUACUCUGGAUCAAAGAAGUCAUUUAGAUUCUCGCUUUAUGGAUCAUCAAAUAGCUGA